AUGGAUGAGGAAGCCCGAUUGCGAACGCGUACCCUGGACUCGAGUAGCUCAUACAAGACUUUCAUAGACUAUGGAAGUUUUCCUGGCUCAAACUUCGGAGAGAAAACACAGGAUGCCCAAUUGAAGAAAGAAAACAGAAAUACAAUGAGAAGAGAAGUAAUGACUAGCAUCCCCUCAGGUUUUAUCAACUAUGACUUAAGCAAAAGACAUUAUGAUAGCAAUCAUAUAGAUAACGACUCUGAGCCUGAAUACAAUAUAUAUGAUGAUGGCAGCCAGAGCUGGUCUUCUCCUCGUCCUUCCCCCAAUACACAAGCACGAAACCAUAAAGAACGCGACUCUGCAGGAGUCCUCAAUAACUCGUAUAACUCGCAUGCAAUCCCACAUCGUCGUCGUCAUCAUCAUACAACAGACUCUGGAUCACCAGUGCGACAACCAGAGGUGGAAAACACUUCACCCUAUACAACAGAAGCUGGGAUACACCAUCCCAAACAGCGAUGA